GGUCGUGUGUUUCCAGGGACCCUUGCUAGAGAGACGAUGUGGCCUCUGGCUAUGUCGUCUCCCGACCUUGAGCCUGCUCUCGCAAUCGUCGAAUUUCGUCGUGUUCUCACUCCCUGCUUCACGCGACCGGGGUAGUUCCACUCUGCGUCAGAUUAGGUUUCGAUUGCAUCAUUUCUCGGCGUUUUUGGUGAAGUAUAGCGUUGGAUCUAGAGCGUAUAGGACGACCUACGUGUGCGGUGGCGUUCUCGCGGAGAGGUGGGCCAAACUUACCGGACAAUGCACAUUCUGCUUGAGAUGCAGGUGUGCCUGCAAGGGGAGAUUAGGUUACUGCACUGUCGGAGCUUUUUUUUGAGCUGAUGGACUGAUUGCGUCAGCUGUGAGGAAAUCUACUCAACAUGGAACCUGUCGGAGACACAGUUGUGAAGCCUAGCCAUGCAGAGGCUUUUGCGGCCCUCAUGGAACCCGGCAACGGCGACCCGGGAUACAUCUCGAUGCGUCGUCUGUUACUCUAUAGAAAAGCUCUCUCUAACAAGCUUGUUCGGCAGAAGUGGGAGCUGAAUGGAAACGGAUAUGUCGCCUUCCAUGACUACAUACGCCAAUUAAAGAGGCUCCAGAAUUCUCAAAACUCGCAACCUGCUAGCCCAACCAGCACACAGGCUGCCCUCGACAGUGGCCCCUGGGCAGCUUACGAGAGAGGAAGCUGGAGCUCCAGUAGAGGCGGGUCAAUGAGCGAGUCUGGGGCUCAAGAGAUCCCAUCCGAACCCGGCUACUCCUUCGUGGGCAUGCAUUGCGUUUUUGAUGAGUGCAAAGCCUCGGUGAACAUAGUAAAAUUUGGACAUAUGAGCUCUGAUCUUCUGGCAUAUGGUGCUUCUAACGGUCUCAUAACCGUAUGCAGUGUUCCACAGAUCCUGCACCGAAUGACUGGGCACACUAAGGAAGUGACAGACAUCGACUGGUCGUCGAAUAAUCAGUAUUUGAGUUCCUCGUCACUGGAUAAGAGUGUACGAGUUUGGGAUGUUCAGAAAGGAAUGUGCCUUAGGGUAAUCUACGGCACAGCUCCCCAGCUCUGCAUUAGAUUCCAUCCUGUAAAUAAUAACAUUCUUAUCGUGGGGAAUGGAAACAAAGAGAUAACGGUAUUCAACUUCAGCACGGGGCGCUUGAUUCAUAAGCUGGCGCUCGACAGCAACGUUACAGCUCUGGAUGUCGACCAUUCGGGCGCCAUCCUGUUUGCUGGAGAUGCGAGGGGGACUGUCCACAGCGUGACCAUAAAGAUGCACCACGGCAACUUUGUCAUGCGGAGCACUCAUCGAUCCAGCUUGAAAGGGCUGAUGCACAAAUCCGCCACUACAACGAUACAGUUCCGAACUUUCUCGCGGCUAGCAGCUGGGCCAGUGCUGUUGGCUGCGACGCAAGAUGGCCUACUUCGGUUCUUCAGCGUGGCUCUUCAAAUCGAAGGCUACCUUUCGCUUAAAUGCUCUCUGCAGCUGCCACCAAGAGCCAGAAACAUUCGAGCAUCUUUCUGUCCGCUGCUCUCGCUUCAAAAAGGUGAGUUUAUUGUGUCUGGACACGAAGAUUCAAAUGUCUACUUUUAUGACUUCACUCGUCCCAGGCACCCUUGUGUGAACAAGCUGCAAGGACAUGCUGUGCCUGUUGUUGGGGUGUCUUGGAAUCACGGCGAAAAUUUGCUAGCGUCCUCCGACUGUGAAGGUUUAGUAAUUGUAUGGAAACGAGCCAAAAUCGCCGGCAGAUAACAUGUCUCAAUUGCUCAUACAAAUUACCAUGUUCUGGCUGGUUAUGCUCGUCAUUAUCUUAUUGUUCAAUAAGUGCAGAAUUUGACGACUUGCUUACAUAUUAUUCAUUGCUGUUAUUCAUGGGCGAGCAAUUUCACACUUGCAGCACUGUUCAUACGUGCAAUUAGUAUAGAGCUAGUCGCCGAUAACGGUCAGGAGCGCUGUUGACAGCUUCAGUUGGCAGUACCUUUAAAAUUUUCAUCUUAUAGGGGUCAGUGGUCACUGUUCCUCUAAUUGACUGUUGAAAUUGUAAUAUAGUGGGAUUGAAGAUA